AUGCGUGGGAGAGGCAAGGAGCAAAAUCCUAGCCUCGAGAUGUAUCUCAAUGAUAUUGAUUUUUCUGAUUCUGAGGUUGAAAUAACCUGGAAGACCAUUGACGCUGCCCGGGAUAUUCCCGUUCACAAACUCACUGAAUUACCAACGAAACCAACUGAAGCCAAACAGCAAGCUAAAAUCGAUAGCUUUGCUGAUUUUUCAUUUGAGAGUGUUUCCGAAUCAGACUUCGGACUGCCACGGCAGCCGGUUAAUGGCGUCCAAGGAGACGGAUCAAAACCCUCUAUCCCUAAGAAACUUCAUGAAGGCACCAACUACAAUAACACUGCAAUCGUCGAUAUUGACUCAACAGCUGUGACAAGAAUUCCUCAGACGUGUCUUCCAGCACCGAAGUAUAAUUUCGAUUACGGCGACGAUGGCAACGAUCUUAAACAGAUAGAGCUUCGUCUGAGAGACCUUGAGGCUCUUCGUCGGGGGAGGGGAAGGGCAUUAAUGCAUAAGACGGAACCCUUACCUGCUGGAACGCCUUACGUUCAAGUUCCUAAGACGCAGCCGGUUUCGGAGGUUGUCAAGAAUGCAGAGGUCAUCAAUAAGACAACAAGAUCGAGGGCCACGAGUGGGAAGAAACGAGGACGUGAGAGCAAUGAAGAUGAUGAAAAGGAUGAGAAUGGGGACGUUAAGAGGGGGAAGUGGAAUACGGGUGCCCGCAAGGGCAAUACCGGAAAGCCCAGCUCAGAUGCUGGGCAGGGUGUGGACAUGACAGAUGGGGAGGGAAAUGGGAAGCUGGCACAAGAGGCGAAAAAGACGCAAAAGCCUCAGGAAGGAAACAAAGGAGCGAGGAGGAGGAAGACAAAGAAGAUAGAGGCGGACGUUGAGAGGGCACUUACGCGGGAGGAAGCUAAGCGCCUCGCACGCCAGAACCCGGGGAAGCAAUUCGUGUUUGAUCUUGAUGAUAAGCCUCAAGGUUAG